GUUGUGAAUUGUAAUAAUAAAUUGGUCCUAGGCAAAAGAUGAGUCGUUGAUGGUGUGUUCUGAAAAAGUGUAGUUUUGUGAGUGAUAGCUAAAACUGGACGGUAUUUGAAGGGAAUCCGUUUUGAAAGUGUUGAAACCAGUUGAAUGAGGCCGCAAAACUUGAAAUGGAUGGAAUUAAAAACUACCCCAGUUUGUCUAAUGUGCAAAGAUCUCAGGACCAAUCUCCACACCAAAGCUUUCAUCAGACAGUCCCAAAUGGAAACCACCUGCUGUCCACCGACACAUUCGAGCCUCUCUCCUUGAAUAAGAAAACAGGAUCUCCGGUCAUUCACGAGCCGACAGCACAUGCACCCACUCAGCCACCGCCUUCGUCAAUAGAAUCAAUAGACACACAUCAUAGAGAAACGUGGUACCAUCAGUGUGAGGAACCCAACUUAUUUUUGUACAGUCCACAUCCUUCCAAGUUAUUAGAUUCGCAAGAAGAUUACUCAGGAUCGAAGUAUCAUGUCAAAGGAAUUCGUAAUGACAGAACAUCUUUUUUCGACAUACCUGCUGCGACGCACCCUUAUUGCUAUCGAAUAUCAUCACCGCAUGGUCUGUUAAAAAAGGAACCUGCCGAAGGAAGCAGCUGUCUACACUCGAAUCGAGACUAUUCCGGAGCGUCCACAUCCCUCCAUGUGAGUCAAUCCUAUCAUCAUCGUGUGCAAUAUCCUGACUCGACGACCAACCACCACCCACAUCACAUUGCAGCGUCUUCGCCCACGAGUUCGUCGCCGCAGCCCCCGGCAUAUUCCUACCCGCCCUGCUAUUCGUUUCGUUCCUUAGACUCUUCCAUAGUAAGUUCCACGGAACAGGAGAUAAACUUAAGCAAUUUCUAUUCGAAUUCUAAUGCAGUAUCAACGAAUACUAUCAAUCAACGUAGAGGAUCGUUACAAUUAUGGCAGUUUCUAGUUGCGCUUUUAGAUGAACCAUCUGCGAGCUCGGGGUGCAUAGCGUGGACGGGACGUGGAAUGGAGUUCAAACUCAUCGAACCUGAGGAGGUAGCCCGAAGAUGGGGCCUACAGAAAAACCGUCCCGCCAUGAAUUACGACAAGCUAUCGCGCAGCCUGAGGUACUACUAUGAGAAGGGAAUAAUGCAAAAAGUUGCCGGAGAACGAUAUGUUUACAAAUUUGUUUGUGAUCCUGACGCGCUUUUUAACAUGGCCUACGGCCACUCCAACUUGCAUGAUAAUCAAAAUCAAAGUGGUUCAGGAUCUAAAGUUAACAAUUUUGGAAUCACAGACUUAGAAAAUACCCAGAACCUAAUUGAUAAUGUUACUACUGCAGGAAAAGUGAAUCCUAAUGCGUCCUACUAUAAUCCAACGUUCGAGAAUAAUAAUUUAAAGUAA